AUGAGAGAAAUGAGAGGUGUUAAUGAGGAAGCGUUCAAGCACAUGAUGAAAACACCUCCUAGGUUUUGGAGCAAAUCUCAAUUCAAGACAACCUCUAAGUGUGAUAGUGUGUUGAACAACAUGUCAGAGGUCUUCAAUAAUGUUAUUAUUGAAGCAAGAGCUAAGCCUAUAGUGGCAAUGCUUGAAGAAAUCAGAACAUACAUAAUGGAAAGGUGGACAAAAAAUAGAAUGAGAUUUGCAAACCUUACUGAUGAUGACAUCUUGUCCAACAUAAUGAAGAUGAUUGCAAGGAUUAGUGACUACACCAACAUGUGGAUUGUAAGAAUGUCAACUGAACAUAUCUUUGAGGUUAGACACCUUGAAAAUGUUGGAGAUAAGUUCAGUGUCAACUUGCAAGAUCUAAGUUGUACAUGUAGGAAAUAA